AUGACGCCCAAGUGCAAAGUGUUCAUUGCACAGGCGCGUGAGCGUGCAGUGCAGGCACAUACCGCUCUCAGGCUCGCCAGCGUGCAGUGCAGGCACAUACCGCUCUCAGGCUCGCCAGCGUGCAGUGCAGGCACAUACCGCUCUCAGGCUCGCCAGCGUGCAGUGCAGGCACAUACCGCUCUCUGGCUCGCCAGCGUGCAGUGCAGGCACAUACCGCUCUCUGGCUCGCCAGCGUGCAGUGCAGGCACAUACCGCUCUCAGGCUCGCCGGCAACCAGCAAGUUUGGCUCGUUUUUUGGGCGGGGAGGAAACAUGCAAGCUUUGGAUUUCUGAAAAGGAAAACAGAAAAUAUCUCAAGAUUUGGGGCUCGGUGUUUUCCCUGGACUUUGGAGCCAUGCGGGUGGGUGACCUGAAGUUUGACCGCGUCCGCCGGCUGACCACUCCCCCGAGCCCCUUCCCCGUGCCGGGGACAACCUCAGGCCCCGCCCCCAGCUGUCACACCGUGUGGAAGUACUACUGCAGAGACAACUUUGGCUGGAGGGAAUACUCUGAGCCGGUGGUGAAGCUCAUCGAAAAGGCCACGGUGAGGGGUCUGAAGGAGGUGCGCUUCAUCACGCUCCAGAACCAGUACAUCCUGAACAUCAGGGAGGGCUUCCAGCAGAACGCCAUGUUUGGCUUCAGGCGCCAGAUCAAAAAGCGACCCAUGUUCAUGUCCUCGGUGAUGCUGGCUCCCCUCUUAGAAACCUUGGGUGGUCUGGCUUCGUCGCCGCCGUCCUCCUCGUCCACGUCCGCCAUCUCCCUGAUGGACGUGUCUGCGCCACACCCUCUCUCCCCGACCACGAGCACGCCCGCGCUCUUCCCCGAGACCUGGUUGCCCAUGGCGAUGAGCCAGGACUUCCUGCAGGUGGCCAUGUCCCGGGACGACCGCAGCUACAGGACCGUGUACAGUCUGUUCCACAAGACCGUGUCCGAGACCAAGUUCAGGAUCAUCAAGAUCCUGCGGGUCCAGAACCCUUUCCUCUGGGAGAAGUACAAGAGGAAGAAGGAGUACAUGUCGCGGCGCAUGUCUGAGAUGGAGCGGCUGCUGAGCGAGCGCCACCUCUUCCACGGCACGUCUGCAGACGUGGUGGAAGGCAUCUGCAAACACAACUUUGACCCUCGUGUGUGUGGCAAACAUGCCACCAUGUUUGGUCAGGGAUCUUACUUUGCACGCAAGGCCGUCUACUCGCACAACUUCUCCAAGCCCUCGCACAAAGGAGUCCACUGCAUGUUCUUGGCCAAAGUCCUCACUGGCAGGUUCACGGUGGGUAAUCCCUCCAUGCGGCGGCCGCCCCCCGUCAGCCCCCGAGACGCCUCCAGUGACCUUUAUGACUCGUGUGUGGACAACUGGGUGGAGCCUCAGAUCUACGUCAUCUUCAACGACGACCAGAGCUACCCCUACUUUGUCAUCCACUACGAGGAGGUGCCCAGCACCGUCGCCCUCUGAGCCACGCCCCCUUCCCCACUUUGACUCCUUCACCUUUGAAACCUCACCCGAGAUCAACAACACCCGGACUCCAAGGGACUGUUUGCAGAACUAGGACGACACUCGACUGGUCAGUACUAGAGUACGUGUACGUCAGUACUA